UCCACCAAAACACGCCAAACGUUCACUGAAUAGUUGUCGGCGCAUUAUAAGAACAUUUUGCUUUGAAAUUUAAACUAUACUGGAGAUAUUUUUUACUAUCUUAUAACAUGCAUAUAUUACAGUGGUUCGGGAGUUUGUGUGGUUUAUGUUUUAUCGCAAUUAUAGUGGAGUCAAAAACGUGCCCAAAAGGGCAAUACCCAAGCAGCUAUUUUAGCAAAGAUGAAUUAAAUUGUCAACCCUGUCCUUUACGAUGCCAAGAUCAAGGAUCAGACAGUAAACGAUGCGAGGAUUAUUGUGGCGCACCAACCACCAUAAAGAGUUCAAACUUUACCGGUUUGUCCACUCAAGUUCCCAUAUCCUUAGUGCCGAAAAAUUCGACGAAAGAUUAUGCAUUCUCGGACGAGGUUGUCAUUAUCGCGGUUAUUGUCCCAGUUGUCAUCAUUAUCGUGCUGUUGGGUAUGGUUUGUAUCUACAAACAUCGAAAGAGCAUGAAGUUCACCAAUGCAAACGACAUCACAAUGACUCCAAUUUCAAAAUUGGUGCACCAAAUUUUAUUGUCAAUGCGAAAAAUUAGCUCCAAUACAUUCAUCUUCCUUCGACAUCAAUCUUAAUGAUGUUCAAAUUGUUAAGAUAUGCUCUCAUAUUCUUCCCGUGAUUAAUUCAAGUGUAAGUAAUUAGAUGACUAAUGUUAAGAGAUACUUAUAAUGUUAUCAAGACAAUAUUUUUUAUAGUUCCUAGUAGUUUUCCGUUGACGUCAAUAAACCAUAUUUGUUAUAAGAACCCAAAAUAAUCUUACGUAAAUUUUGUAUAAAUAGAAGUAGUUAAAUCAUUGUAAAAUAGAAGACGUUGAACAUUAGAUGUGAUCGUAUAGUUAUCUGUAACAUUUGUUGGUGUAAGUCAAAUUAUAUUAAAGAAGAUAAUGGCUACAUCACAAAACCUAACAGGUUAUGGGCCCAGGAGAGGAAUUGUCUUCAAUGGAGAUGAAGCCAAGUAUGAACUCUGGGAGGUGAAGUUUCUUUUGUUUAUGAGAAUACAGAAGCUGUACGAUGUGUUCGUUCCUAGUCGAGAUGAGGAAGGACGGAUGAGGCGAGAAAUGCAAAUGCCUUCGCUGAAUUGGUACAAUGUCUGGACUAUCGGAGUUUGUCUCUUAUAAUAAGAGAGGCAAGAGACGAUGGUAGAAAAGCGCUUGGUGUUCUGCGUGAACAUUACCAAGGCAAAGGAAAGCCAAGAAUCAUCGCUCUGUAUACAGAAUUGACGUCGUUAAAGAAAGGGGAAAACGAAACCACGACUGAUUUUGUGAUACGUGCUGAGACUGCAGCCACUGCUUUAAAAUCUGUUGAGGAAGUGAUAAUUAAGCGAUGGGCUGCUGAUUGCAAUGGUUCUGAAAGGGCUUCCGAAAAAUUAAUAAAACGUUUGCAACUGUGGUCAUCCAAAGGAAAAACAAAUGACUUUCAGUGAAUUCAAAACAACGUUAAGAGAUUACGACGAGAACGAAAAAUCGUGUGAAAAAGAUGAAACCGAUCGAGUUAUGUUUUCAAAACAGAAUCAACGAUUUGAAGGGAAAUGUUUACGUGCGGCAAGAAAGGUCAUAAAAGUUCAGAAUGUUGGAUGAAAAACGGAAAAUGGUGUGCCAAGUGCAAAAGCAAGACUCACAAUACAAAUGAGUGCAAGACAACGAAAAAGGACGCAGUAAAGAAAGUUAAGGAGAAAACAACAAAAGACGAACUUUCAUUUGCAUUCACAACACAAGAGUACAAAGACAGAAAAAGAAGAAGCCAAGGAGAUACAGACUUGUUAGUGGACACGGGAGCAACGAGUCACAUAAUUAAUGACAGUUCCAAAUUUGAAAGUUUUGAUAAAAAUUUUGAUAGCAAUACUCAUUUUAUUGAAUUAGCUGAUGGGAGUAGAGCUAAUGUUGUAUUAGGAAAGGGAAAUGCUAAGGUUAAGUUAUUUGAUGUUAAGGGUAACUUGCAUGAUGUAAUCUUGCAUAACGCGCUCUAUAUUCCGACGUACAAUCAAAAUAUCUUUUCAGUAUCAGCAGAAAUAGACGGAGGAGGCACAAUAAAAUUAGGAAAACAAGUAAGUGAAUACAAAACAGAGGAAGGCAGCGUAUUCAAACUUGAGAAGAAAGGUCGAUUAUAUUACUUAAAUAGUAUUUCUUCGCCAAGCAACACAGCAACGACACUACACGAUUGGCACAAGGUAUUAGGUCAUUGUAAUUAUGGAGACAUUAGAAAACUAGAAAAGGUAGUCAAAGGCAUGAAGAUUACUGAUUACAGCGAAAUAGAAUGUGAAGUAUGUACCCAAGGCAAAAUGUGUUGUAAAUUGUCAUGUUAUGUUAUGUAGUGUGUGACUGUGUCAUAUUUUUGAUACUAAGAUAUAACGGAUAUUAUGUUUAUGUAAAAUGAUAAGUCAUAUAUUACUAGACAAAUACGUAUAUAGUUACUAAACUGUGGUUUCAGUGGAAAUCCUGUACGUAAAUUCAAAAUACUUAGGAACACUUUUUCUACCUAAUGUUGCAUUGCGGUAGGAUGUAGGUAAUGACGGUACUCUAUAAACGGAAUGGCGUAGUGCAAGUCAUGCAAACGCCCAAAAAUCAUAUCCUAAUAAUUACACAUAAAUAUAGCUUGCAAGCGUUGGUUCGGGGGUUCGGAAAAGUUGUAGUUGUUGGUGUAUGAACUGGUCAUACAAAUUUGAUGAAUUAGAGUUGUAUUGCAGAAGGCAAUAAAUUUCGAAAACGCAGUUGUAGGAUUGACGGUUGUCCGUAAUCUUAACGAGAUCAAAUCUAAUCAUUCCGUAUCGCGAAGAACCAACGCUUGGAAUGUAAAAUCGUGCACAACACUGUAAAUAUCUUAUUGAAGUGUUAAAAUUAUAUAUUCAAAAUACA